AUGGUAUCAUGGAGCUCAAUAAACCCGUUAAACAUAUCAUGGAACUCAAUAAACCCGCUAAACGUCUUCACAAGAUCCAAGGCCACAGAACCAGUACGGGUCAAGGAUGUGGGUAAAAGAAACCUAGGCUUGCCCGCCCCACUAAUCUGGAUGUGCAUAGGUGGCAUGCUUACAACUCUGAUAUAUACGUUCUUGUAUCGUCCUCAAUGGUUACGUAGUAUACGACCAUAUUUUGGAGCUAAUAGUGAGGCUGAUAAUAGUAAUAGUAAUAGCAAUAAUCAAAAUCGAAAUCGACGAUCGCUAGUUGAACGAGAAUCUUGGACUAACUGGCUUAAACGUCCUCAUGUCACCUACAACACGUAUCAUGUGCAUCGAUGUGAACGGUGUGGUGGUGAUAGUGUGGAGCCGAUCAAUGGGUUGGGUGUUAAUGAUAGUGUGGAGCCGAUUUAUAGAUCGGGUGUUAAUGAUAGUGUGGAGCCGAAUAAUGGGUUGGGUAGUGUAGUGCUUGUUGAAGAGAGUGAAAAUUUUUAA